AUGACACACGAGGAUGAGAAGGUGAUCCCGGUGCGGGUUGCCUUACGAUGUCGCCCGCUGGUGCCAAAAGAAAUCGAUGAAGGAUGUCAGUGCUGCCUCACAUUUGUUUCUGGGGAGCCUCAAGUGGUUGUUGGCACAGAAAAGGCCUUCACAUAUGAUUAUGUGUUUGAUCCAGCCACGGAGCAAGAAGAAGUUUAUAAUACAGCCGUCUCCCCACUUCUCCGUGGGCUUUUCAAAGGCUACAAUGCUACGGUUCUUGCGUACGGACAGACCGGAUCAGGCAAGACCUACUCCAUGGGAGGAACGUACACAUCAGCUCAGGAGAACGACUCUUCAGUUGGAGUUAUUCCUCGUGUUAUCAGAAUGAUCUUUGAAGAGAGGCAGAAGAGGACGGACUGUGAAUUCACUCUCACAGUUUCUUAUCUUGAAAUCUACAAUGAGGAAAUCCUGGACUUGUUGAAUCGUUCUAAAGAUAAACCUGCCAUCAGCAUUCGGGAGGACCCUAAAGAAGGCAUUAAGAUUGUUGGGUUAACUGAGACGCAGGUGCUUUCUGGUCCUGAGAUGGUGAGUUGUUUGGAGAUCGGAAACUCUGUGCGCACGGUGGGUUCCACGGCCAUGAACGCUGCCUCAUCCCGCUCUCACGCCAUCUUCACCAUCACGCUGGAGCAGCGCAGAGAAUCGGACAAAGCGGAUUCAAUUGUUUCAAAGCUGCACCUCGUGGAUCUGGCUGGUUCAGAGAGACAAAAGAAAACUAAAGCAGAGGGAGAUCGUUUGAAAGAAGGCAUCAGCAUCAAUCGGGGUCUUUUAUCUCUGGGUAAUGUGAUCAGCGCUUUGGGAGACGAAAGCAAGAAACACACCUUUGUUCCUUACAGAGACUCAAAGCUCACCCGCCUGCUUCAAGAUUCCCUGGGAGGCAACAGCCACACUCUGAUGAUUGCGUGCGUCAGUCCUGCAGACUCCAACAUGGAGGAAACCAUCAACACGCUGCGAUAUGCCGACAGAGCUCGCAAGAUUAAAAACAAACCUGUUGUUAACAUCGACCCCAAAACAGCUGAAAUGAAACUACUGAGACAGCAGGUUCAGGAGCUGCAAGUGAUGCUGCUGCAUGCCCGAGGAGGAGUAGCUCCCGUCCUCUCCGGGGCCGAGUCGGCUGAGAGCGCGGCCAAGCUGUUGGAAAGGAACCGCGCUCUGGAGGACGAGAACAACAAGCUGAGCAGAGAGCUGAGCGAGGCAGCUGGACAGACGGCCCUCAUGUUUGAGAAGAUCAUCGUGACAGAACAAGUAAAUGAAAAACUGCAGAGCAAACUGGAACAGCUUGGGCACCACGCAGCAUGUACAGUUGAUCUACAGAAAGUCCUGCAGACGCUGGAGGACCAGGAGCUGAAGGAGAACGUAGAGGUGCUGAAGAACCUACAAGACCUCAUCUUGGAGCUCAAGGAUGAGAGCGCAGGCAUCUCGGCCUCCAUCAACGCCAUGGUGGCAGGAGAAGAAGCUUCAAGAAGUGACGAUACAAACUCCCCCGCUGAGUCUCAAUCGGAUUCUCCAGAGAACUUCACGGCCCAUCAUGCACUGCGGCAGGCUCAGCUCUCCAAAGAACUGAUUGAGCUCAACAAAGUGUUGAGUUUGAAGGAAGCCUACGUUAAGAAAAUGUGUGAGAAUGACAGUCAGCUGGAGCCGAUGCACCAGAAAAAUGCCCAAGCUCUUCAGUCAUCAGUGGAUUCCCUGCAGAAGGAGAAAGAGGAACUCAUUUUAGCUCUUCAGUCAGCAAAAAAAGACACCAACCAGGCCAAACUCAGUGAGCAGAGGAGGAAGAGACUUCAGGAGCUUGAAGCUCAGCUCGUAGACAUGAAGCGGAAACUUUUUGAUCAGUCUAAACUGCUGAAACUCAAAGAAUCAUCUGCUCAGAAAGUCAGCAAGCUCAUGCAGGAGAUACAGUCUAUGAAGACCCAACGAAUCCAACUUAUGAAGCAGAUGAGGGACGACUCUGAAAAAUUCAGACAGUGGAAGAACAAGAAGGACAGGGAGGUCCUGCAGCUAAAGGAAAAGGAUCGUAAGAGGCAAUAUGAAAUGCUGAAACUUGAGAGAGAUUUUCAGAAACAAGCCAAUGUCCUGCGUCGUAAAACUGAAGAGGCAGCAGCAGCAAACAAGAGACUGAAGGAUGCUCUGCAGAAGAGAAGUGAAGUAGCAGAUAAGCGCAAUGCUCAGAGCAGAGGCACUGAAGGAGCUGCUGCACGAAUCAAAACUUGGCUGCUCAACGAGGUGGAGGUGAUGGUGAGCACGGAGGAGGCCCGGCGUCACCUCAACGAUCUGCUAGAGGACCGAAAGGUCCUGGCUCAGGAGAUCAGCCGCCUCAAACAGCAGAUUGAGGCCGGGGAGAAGCCCGCUUCCAAAAUUAGGCGUCGGACACUUCUAAUCUCUGAGCUGGAGAGACCGGGGGCACUGGAGACCCCACUGUCCAAACAGCUGGAGAACUUGGAGACAGAAAUUGGCCUCAGGAAUGCCCAAAUAGCUGACCUGCAGCAGAAAGUACUGGUCGCAGAAGGCGAGGGACGUUUAAAACAACGAAUUGAUGGCAUCACAAGCAUCGCUGAAGCAAAGUGUGCUUUAAGGAUUCUGAUGGCUGAGCUUAAGUCAUCCAAAACGGCGUGUUCCAAGCUAGAAAGUGAGCUGAAACAGGAGCAAGGAAACACACUGGACUUGAGAAAGUUGCUGACUGACGAGAGAAACGUCAUGUCAACUAUGGACAUGGAGCACCAGCUGCAACUGGUUGAGCUCGAGCAGAGGCAUCAAGAGAAGGUUCUCUUCCUCCUUAACCAGCUGCAGAAUAAACCCGUGUGUGAGGAGUCGAAGGAAACAGAGAUGGAAGAUGAGCAGAGAUCCGAGAAGAGGGAGCUUCUCCAGCGCCUCAAAGUUCAGGAAGAAGAGCUAGAAAGACUCCAGACAUUAAGUGAACAGAACCAGAAACUAAUGGAACAGAAUGAACAAUAUCAACAGAAACUCUCUUUGCUCCACUUGGCAAGUGAGAAGAAAGUUCUUCAGCCUACAACCCAGAACAAAAAGGGCUCGGAUGACUCGUUUGAAUACGUCCCCCCAAAGCCGAAAGCGAAGCGCUACACUACUGCUAAAGCCAAGCUGAAUACAACCAUCACCAUCUCAGAACUGCUGUCGCCCAGCGAGGAUGAGAACGAGGAGGACGAAGAUGAGUGGCGUCCUGAGAAGGAAAGCAGACCCUCAAGAAAAUCCAAAACAACUGGGUGUUCGUGUAAGGGUCGCUGCAGCAACAAGCACUGCAGGUGUCGCAAAGGGAAGAUGGCCUGUGGAGAAAACUGCCAAUGUGAUCACGAGAGAUGCCGAAACUUGAGCAGCCAGGCACCUGCUGAGGAUCCUGUUCUUGCAGAAGGUGUUUCCAGAGACUCCGCGUCCCUUCAGGAACCAGCAUGCGAGAGUCCUGAAAGCACCUUCUUCCAGCCGCCCUCCUACACUCCUACGAAGAAGGUGCUGAAGGAAAUCGAAGGCAUGGGCCACACCCCCACAGAGCUAAAUCUGGUCAGGAAGGCUGUGGAGGAGGAGGAAGAGGAGAACGAUAACGGGGAAGAGGACAGAACAACAGUCAGCUUCAUCAAGAAGAAGAAACGCUUGCUGACCAGUUUCCAACACAGUUUUUUCUCCGGCUGCACUCCCAUUAAAGAGGAGUCCUAAUCGGGCCGGGACGAGGG